CGUUCGUCAGCUGGCUUUUGUUUUUAUUCCUCUGUUCGUACUGUAACUUUGGUGGAAUCAGUAAACAUUGUUGCACAACCAAACCGGUCGCUAAAAUGGACAAGAAAAGGGUGGACUUUGACGAGCUACUGCCGGAUCCCGUUCCAGAACGUGGUGUCGUACUGUUCGGACGUGAUUUGAGCCAGAUCCCAUGCUUUCGGAAUAGUUUCUUGUAUGGCAUUGGUACGGGCGUUGCAACCGGAUUCCUUGCAUUCCUGGGAACGUCACGACCGCAACUUUCCUCUCACAUAGGUUUCAGCGGGUUUAUGGCUACUACACUUUGCUAUUGGUUCGCUUGUCGAUACAAUUGGUCCAAGAAGGAGACGGAUACACAGUUGCUUCAAACUUUGAUCCAACAACAAGCGAUGUAUGAAGGAACGCAAAAGGAGCGGGACCUGGAUAAAAAAGCUGAAUCAGCUUAGUUUACUAGUUUUUUUUUAAAUAUAUCACAAUAGUAGUCUUCUCAACUUUUGCUACGGCAAGCUUAUCUAUGGAGAUACACUAAAAACCAAGCGAAUACGUAGAUGGCACGCCAACGUCCAGCUGUUGGUGUUUCUCCGAGGAGGCCGAAGUCGAAGAUCGUGACUUCCGCCGACCACUUGCCUUCGGUUCUGGUUUCGGGGCGAAAAGUACCUUCAUUUGUUUGACUCUCCUCCAGUAGAAACCAAAGCUACCGGGCUUAUUAUUCCCAUCAGAGGCUUGUCGUUGAACGUAUUGGUUGUACAUCUUUUUCGGUGUCCAAUCGGUUUCGGACAGAUCCAACGGUUCACCACUAUCCUGCUGAUCGGGGGUGAAGUAGGACAGGAUGUCAUCGUCCAUUGCGUCGCGCAUCGUAGUGUCGCGAGCGAAUUUUCCCCGCUUGUCGCUGAUGGCCUCGCUCAGCUCCACCUGAUGUGCUCGAUAGAUAACGUUGCUGAAAAAAUACAUAUGAUAGCGAUCAGACGAAUCUAUGAUGAUGAUGAUGAAGAUGAAGAAUGGAGGAUAGAGAUUCCAUGUCGUAUCCCUAUGGAGGUUGGGCUAGACAAUUUAUCUUUAAGACAAUAUGAAGAUUUAAAAAUACAGUCAUUCCAUGCCAAACCGAUAUAGUGGUUCUCAGAUUUUCGUGAAAAGUGGUAGUUUUAUUCCUUUUUGCAAAAUAUUAGACACGUAUUUUUUCAUUUUUUCGUUAUUAUGAGAUGGUCCGAUUUUUUUUCCCAAAAAUGCCUUUUUUCGAAAAAUCAUAACUUCAGAAAUACUAGAUCGAUUCAGAUAAGCACGAUUUUAGACUCCCCCUCCCCCUGCGUGGACAUUGACUAUACCCCU